AGAAUACAGUAAGUCGAUGUGAGUUUGAUGUUCGCGUGUUUUGCGAACUGAGUGUCACGGCAUGUUAACAACCGGAAGGCGAGGAGCGAAAGCUUCUCGAACGCCUUCACUUAUUAAUCUAUGUCGGCUUCGGGAUCGCUUGGGUGGGUCUGAAUCCGGUGCACUGUAUUUAAAAGACAUCAUCGAGCACCCGAUGAGCGCACCUGUGGUGAAGGUUCGAGAUAGAGUUGAAGCAAAGUUAGCGAAGGCUAUUUCGAAACCAGUCAUUGACAGCUGUAAAUGCAUCAGUGAGGAAGUUGUAGACUUGUGCAAAUUCAAGUCUUGUGCGGAAGCGACGCAGUUAUCCAAUUUUUUGCAAGAAUUGCACUUCAGUACCAUUCUCCGAGUGCAUGACAUCAUUGCAAAGAAAAAAUUCGAGGCCGGGAUUUCGACGGAAACAGAUGAAGAGAAGCUCAAUCUAGAUAUAGUUGAAGCAGCUGAAAAACUCUCCAAAGCUUCGACUGAAGACUCCGGUGUUAAUUCAAGACCGUCAUCGCGAUCAGGAAGUGACGGAGAUAUGGAAGAGGAAGGUGUUACCAUACGCAUGGUCGGGUUAAGAAAAUCACCGUACGAACCUCUGGGAGUGACAGUUCGUUCCGAGGAUGGGAACUUGUAUGUUGCACGCAUCCUAGGAGGCGGUGUUAUUGACCGUCAGGGAUUGUUGAACGUCGGUGAUGUCAUCAGAGAGGUCAACGGUGUUGAAGUUUCAACUCCGGAGGACCUUGCCGAAGUGAUCAAAACUACAGGUGACACGAUCAACAUGAGAGUGGAGGCAAACUUCCUUGAAAACGGAGGUGGUCCUCAGGUAGGAGGUGGAUACGAAUCAAUGCAUGCCGUGUGUUAUAUGAGAGCACUUUUCAAUUACAAUCCUGAGGAGGAUACACUCCUUCCCUGUCCCGAGAUCGGACUUGCCUUUCACCAAGGUGAUGUGCUUGAAAUCGUGGACCAAAGUGAUCUCAAUUGGUGGCAAGCCCGCAUCGUGGGUAUCGGAGGUAUUGGCGGCCCGAAAGGGCCAGCGGGCCUCAUUCCAUCGCAGGAUUUAGAGGAACGAAGGAAAGCGUUUGUAAAGCCUGAGUUCGACUACGUUCACAAAACCGGCUUAUGUGGAACAAAAAUUUCGAAGAAAAAGAAGAGACAAAUGUAUCAAACGAAAGCGUAUUCUGAUUUCGAGAAAGCGGAACUUCUGAUGUACGAGGAAGUUGUUCGGAGCCCACCAUUUCAGCGGAAGACGUUGGUUUUGAUCGGAGCCGCAGGAGUCGGACGCAGAACGCUCAAAAAUAAACUCAUUGCCUCUGAUCCUACCAAAUUUGGCGCUGUUAUACCGUUUACUUCCCGCCCAAUACGACCCGGUGAGGAAGAUGGGAAAAACUAUCAGUUCGCCUCACUGGCUGAAGUUGAGAAGGACAUCACCAACCACAAGUACCUCGAGUAUGGUGAACAUGAUGGUCACAUAUACGGCACAAAGUUGGAUUCCAUACGUUCUGUAAUCCGCUCUGGGCGAAUGUGUAUCUUGGAUUGUUCACCUGCCGCUGUCAAGAUUCUUCAUAAUUCGCCCGAGUUUCGUCCUUUCGUGGUUUUCGUUGCUGCACCUGGUGUCGAGCAACUUCGUUUCAUGAACGAAUACGGACGGGUUAUGGCCGGCCAGUCCCAGCGUACCCUGACGAUGGACCGAGCGCUCCGUUACUCCAGUCGUCGUGCGAGGACCAUGGAAUCCCUGGCGUCAUUUAUUGAAGAUGAAGACCUCCGUCGAACCAUGGAAGAGAGUGCCCGUCUGCAGCGUGCUUACGAUAAGUACAUUGAUAUCGUAGUCGUCAACGAGGACUUCGACCUCACUUUUCAGAAGCUUCUUGACGCGCUAGAGACCUUGAGCACUGAGUCUCAACCUGGGAUGUUUCGAAAAAAAAAGCCACCUCCCACGGAGCCCCGUCGAGCUCCACCUAUUCCGUUUCCGAUGAUCGGAGAGAAGAUGGAAGGAGACGCAAUGGAUCAUCUUGAUAUAGAUGAUGCUGAUUUGGAAGACGAGCUGAUGGACUUAUUAGGCGGCGAUGGAGGGUCUGGAUCCCGUCCUGUUGCGAAAAAGCGGGCUCAAGCAUCAGUCCCGUCCAAUCGUGCUGCUGCUGCAUUUCCGAAAGUCAAGCAGCAGGCACCAGUUAAAGUGGACUCGUAUGCAUCUGGAGAUGAAGGUAGUGACGUCAACGAAGACGAAAUUGAUGAGCUCGAGGAUGAAUUAAAGGGCGUGCUGGGACACCAUGACCAGAAAUCGACUUCCAGUUUCGAAUCAUCUUCCGCUUUGAUGAGCGAAGACGAAGCUAGACCUCCGCCUUCGGGUUCUAUUUCCAUUCUAGAGUUGAAGUCAAGACUAAAUGCUUACGUUGAUGGCGAAAAAACUGUAAAAAGUGCCGGCGAUCUUGCAAAAGCCCGCCGGUAUGGUCGGGCCAUAAAAACUCUUCACGACAUGAUCAAAGAUGUAUCAAAGGGGAAAGCAGUCAAUGAAGAGGAUGUCCCACCAAUGAUAGCUGUAAAUUCCUCGUCGAAAACUGGCCUUCUCGAAAGUUCAGCACAGAGGCCCGUAACUGACGUGCCAAAGAAGGAUUGUGAUUCGCCCCAGCCGAUGUCGAGAACUACGAGCUCUUCUUCCGCUCCGAUGCGAGCUGCUCCAUUACCACCGAGACGUGCUCCCCCUCCACCUAGUUGUGUUCCUGUUGAACCAUCGACUUCAGAAACUCUCCUUGUUGACCUUACCCCUAUAACAAAGCAACCAGUUGAUUCACCAAAGCCGAUUAUAUCCCCGGAUGACGAAAUUUCUCGGUUGAAACAGGCCGCUGUUGCCGCGAAGAAAAGUGGUGACAAAGCGAAAGCACUGGAGCUGUUGAAGAAGGCGAAGGAACUGGAUGGCAAAUUAGAGGAUUCAGCGUCUGUAGAACCCUGCGUUGACAUUUCAGUGAAGCCAGCGACCACUUCCGUAGUCAAGAAAAUCGAUGAAAAUCCUAAUUUAAAAGCUCAAGUCCCGGAAUCGACUGCUACUGAUGAGCCACCGACUCCCAGUAGUGUUCUCGAGGCUUUGGAGCAACGCUUGGCCAAGUAUCUUGCAGUGAAGAGUGAUGCCGAAACUGAGGGUAAUUCGCGGAAAGCUAGAAUGUACGGACGAAUUGUUGGACAGUAUCAGGAAGCCAUUAGAGAUCAUAAGAAGGGUAGACCUAUUCCUGUUGAUGAACUACCAACGCCUCCAGGUUUUCCUCCUAUACCAACUGGACCUGUAAAAUCAGAAGCUCUUGGAGCGCCAACGUCGUCUAAUCAGGGAUUGCCAGCAGUACCAAGUGUUGCUGUGGUUAGGGUUGAGAAUUCCGACGGAAGCUACGCCACUGUCGAGCCAGUACCUACAUCGAAUAUCUUGAAGGAAGCUAACUUGAAACCGGCACCAUCACCGAUUUCAAAAUCUCCGGCCACAUCACGUGACCCCUCUCCGAGCAUACCGGGACAAACCAGAGUAUCUCAACAGCUCGCUAUCAUCAAGCAAAAACAACACGAAUACAAGACCGCAGCGUUAGAAGCGAAAAGGCGUGGAGACCUCGCAAAAGCGAAAGAAUUCUUAAAGAUAUCCCGUGGAUUUGAUCCUAUGAUUGAAUCGUUGGAAGGCGGGCUUCGCGUGGACACCGUGAAUAUCCCGUCGUUACCGGACUUGAAUGAGGAUAGGAAUGAUUUUAUUCUGAUGGGCAGAGAAGAUAGUAUCCUGCCAUUCAAUACAGCGGCAUUGGAUCAACUUGAAGAAAUUCUUACUCGUCAGUUGGCUAUGAGUUCAGAAUUCAAGGACUACUUCCACAAGAUAGGAGAUGUGAUCAGUGCGAGUCGUUUUGAAAAUAGAGCCGCCAUCUGCCGACGUGAUCUUCAGAAGCUUGGCAAAAUCAAAGGAAGUGGAUUUUCUGGUAGUCAAGGCCCAAAAAUCAUACAGGAAACUAGAAAAUUUCUGAUUGCAAGCGGGUGGUUCCGGGGAGACCAAUUGUAUGGAACUGCCGUCGUUAAGCUGAAACCCCUGGAAACCCAAUGCAAUUUGCACGACACAUAUGACUUGAUGGACGGAAGAAAAGCUGUAGGCGGAAAUCUUGAAAUCAUGAUUCGCUUGCGGAAUCCAAUUUUGAAGAAAGAAACUGAAGAGAUGACAAAACGAUGGACUAUUGUUGACUGGGAUUCCGUGGCACAGCGCUGAAAAUUGCCUGCUUCGUUUCGGCCGACUGGUUUUUUUUUUGCAUCGGUGUGAUACGUUUUCGUUUAUUAGUGAAGCCUUGGUUCUUGCGCUUGAAUCCACCCUUUAGCUUGAAUGCAAACAAACGUGAUCGGUAUAUGGUGAAAAUAUAUCCUAGUUCUGCUAUUGUGUACA